AUGAGCGCGCGUAUGAACGAAAAUAAUAUUGUCGAGUGUUUGUUCGAAGAUUUACCAUCCGAUAGUGAUAGUUUUACGUCUUACGAUGAUUCUGAUGCUGAUGAAACUUAUUUACCUAAUAAAGAUGUUGAAGUAGUGGAGGACAACAAUUUAUCUGAUGAUUUAAUGGAUCAAAAUGACGAUGAACCGGUAGAAAUUUUAAAUUUAGAUGAAGGUAACAUUUUACUAUUACCUAGUCCUAUAAAAACGCACAAUUCGCAAAGGCAAUCACAUUUAAAAAAUAACGAUACUAAUAGUCAUAUUCGGCGUCCUUUAUUUCCACCAAUCAAUCAGGAAUCAACAGAAACUAUUGCAGUAGAAAACAAUACAGUUGUAAAUGGUCCACCCGAAAAUACAUUGAUAAAUAGUAACGAAAAUAAUAAUUUUGAAUUUACUACUCCGACGUGGUCAAAAAAUAAUGUUUUUUCACAAAAUCCUUUACCUGAAUUUACGUGUGUUGAUGGUCCAUCUAGUAUUAUUGAUAUUGAAGCUGAACACACUCCAUAUUCAAUUUUUCAAUUAUUAUUUUCAAAUGAUAUAGUAGAAUUAAUAGUGUAUCAAACAAAUUUGUAUACAUACCAAUUAAAAAUGAAAACUGGAAAAAAUUAUAUUCCUACAGAUACAAAUGAAAUAAUGACUUUCCUUGGUAUGAAUAUUUUAAUGGGCAUAAAACGUAAUCCAAGUUAUAGAGAUUACUGGUCUACAGCUUUGGACUUACAUGACGAUUAUUUAAGUUCUCUUAUGACUGUAAAUCGUUUUGGUUGGCUACUUUCAUCUUUACAUUUAAAUGACAACUCGGUUAUGGCAAAACGGGGCGAAACAGUCGAUGAAUCUAUGAUAAAAUUCAAAGGGCGAUCAACUUUAAAGCAAUACAUGCCGAACAAACCAAUUAAAAGAGGGUACAAGGUAUGGUCGUUAGCCGAUAAACAUGGUUAUCUUUGGAAUUUCGAUUUAUACACUGGUAAAAGAGGCGACUCUGUCGAAACAAAUCUUGGAGGACGAGUAGUCAAAGAUUUAACAAAUCCAUUACAACAUAAAAAUCAUAACGUAUACAUUGAUAAUAUUUUUACAAGUGUACCACUUUUGGCAUAUUUAAAAUCAAAAGGUAUUUUUUGCUGUGGAAUUGUAAAAAGUACUAGAAAAUACUUGCCAAAGUUAGAAUCAGAUAAAAACAUGACCAUGGGUGACAUUGACUGGAACAUGAGCGACCAGUAUGAUAUUUCAAUUGUCAAAUGGAAAGACAAACGAGGAGUUACUUUGCUGUCCAACUUUCAUAAUCCUACUGAUGUCGUUGAAGUCAAAAGAAAAUCUAAAGAUGGAACCACAUCAAUGAUACCUUGUCCCAGUCACAUCAGCCAGACCGGACGACCAGAAGAAGAUGCGCUCAUUGUAGCACUAAAGAAAAGGAAGUUCGAACAGACUGGAAAUGCACCAUAUGUGAUGUGCCACUUUGCAUUUCAAAGUCCAGAAAUUGCUUCAAUAUUUACCACUCAUGUUAAAAUUGCAAAAGGAAUAAAUGUCGAUCCUGCACAGUGGGACGAUUUUUAA